AUGGCUUCGAGCUACCCAACCCCUUUUGAGGGCUCAGGUGAGGUGAAGGAGGGAUUUCUUUGCCCGCUGUGCCUGAAGGACCUGCAGUCUUUCUACCAACUCCAAGGCCACUAUGAAGAGGAGCAUUCUGGGGAUGACCGUCACGUUCGAGGGCAACUGAAAAGUUUGGUCCAGAAGGCCAUUAAAGCCAAAGACAAGCUACUGAAGAGGGAUGGAGAGGACAGACAAGAUGCAGGAAGUUACGAGUCAUUCUAUUAUGGUGGAGUGGACCCAUACAUGUGGGAGCCUCAGGAGCUGGGAGCAGCAAGAAGUCACCUGGACCUUUUUAGGAAACACCGUGCUGCCAGGAUAGAUCAUUAUGUCAUCGAGGUCAACAAGCUUAUCAUCAGACUGGAAAAGCUUACAUCGUUCGACAGGACCAACACAGACACAGCAAAAAUCAGAGCCAUUGAGAAGUCAGUUGUGUCGUGGGUGAAUGACUCUGAUGUCCCUUUCUGUCCGGACUGUGGAAACAAGUUUAACAUUCGGAACCGAAGACACCACUGUCGUCUCUGUGGCUCCAUUAUGUGCAGGAAGUGCAUGGAGUUUGUGCCCUUACCUCUAGCGCACAAGCUCAUCAGUGGAACACAAGAGGCUCUGAGUGUACCUGGGAGGCGCAGUCAUUCCCAGUCUCCCCCAACAGGCAGUAGCAGCGGUAUGGGCUCCAGGAGAGGCAGCAUCAGCAGCCUGAGCAGCGUCACCUCCAUGCUGGAGGAGAAGGAUGACGAGAGGAUUCGGUGCUGUCACCACUGCAUGGACACACUGUUGAAGAGGCAGCAGAAAUUGGAGGAGAAAGACUUUGUGCCUGAUAUAGUCAAACUUUAUGAGAGGCUGAGGAUGUGCAUGGAGAAAGUGGAUGAAAAGGCUCCAGAAUACAUCAGAAUGGCUGAGUCUCUCAAUGCUGGAGAGACCACAUACAGUCUAGACACAGCAGGUGGACUUAGGCUGGAAGUACAGAAAUACUAUGAACUGAUUGAUGCUCUAAGUAAAAAGAUUCUAACUCUGGGAAUAAAAGACGAACCACAGCCACAUCCAAAGGUUCUCCAGCUGCAGAGGAUGGUGCGCUAUACAGCCACACUUUUUGUUCAGGAGAAGCUUUUGGGGCUCAUGUCCUUACCAACUAAGGAGAAAUAUGAAGAGCUGAAAGAAAAGAGAAAACAGGAGCAAGAGAAGAAACUCCAACUGGAGAGACUCACAGCUCAGGAGGCCCUGAAGAGGAGGCAGGACUCUGAAAAGAACCAUCUGUCCAGCACCAACGGAGAACUGCUUCAAGUCACCAGAGCGCCUCUUAUGACCAAAGCUGGAGGCUGGUUACCCUCCUCUGACUCUGGCACUGCACGCAGUGAGCUCGAGGACCCCCUCCUGCAGCAGAUUGACAACAUUCAGUCGUUCCUUCGGCAGGCACGUGAAGCCCAGAGAACAGACGAGGUGGCGAUGCUGGAGGAGAACUUGCGUCAACUGCAGGAUGAAUACGACCAGCAGCAGACCAGCCUCGCCAUCGUGCUUUCUCAGAAGAUGGCCGAAGAGGAGAACUUGCAGCAGGAUGAGCUGAACCGCCUGGAGGCUUGGGAGAGGGAGGAGAGGGGGAACAGGGGACCCACUGUGGUCUCCAUUCAGCCAGCCUUCACCUGGGACAGAACUUUGGAUAUCAGUCCCAGAAGUAGUUUUCAGGCAGGCUGUAAAGAAGAGGAUUUAACCCCCAAAGAUGAGAGCACUAUUAAUGCUUUCCCUGUGCAUGCAAACCAGGAGGAAUCUCCUCCGAGGCUGAGAAGCUUAGGCGGCCAGGUAACGCCCCCCAGUGGAGACGGACAGAAUAGCACCUCCCUUAACCCUUUUGAUGAAGAGGACUCAACUCCAAUUGAGGAGGAUCCGUCCAAUCCCUUCUGUGAUGAAGUAAAGCGGGAACGCAGAGAAGUGACCAAUGAAAAGAAAGAAUACAACCCUUUUGAUGAAGUGGAUGCAGAGAAGGACACGCAGGCUGACCAUGUUCCCGGCAAUCCUUUUGAGGAAGACGAAGAUACAGACCGCGGUAACCCCUUCAUGGAGGCCUCAGAGGAUUCAAAGACCACCUCAACCAACCCCUUUGACUGUGAUGAUGAUGAUGAUGAGGUGCCACCCGACGUAGACAUGAUAGAAGAAGAGCUGCUGCUGCAACAGAUCGACAACAUCAGGGCCUACAUUUUUGAUGCCAAGCUCAGCGGUCGGCUUGAUGAAGUGGAUCUGUUGUCGGAAAACCUAAGAGAGCUACAGCGCACUCUGCAGGAACAGAAGAGAAACAAACAGUGACCCCAGUUCCCUCAAAGCCCCUUGAAAAGCAACAGCACUACAGAUAGGUUAACCACUGUCCACGUUGUGUGGGAUCUCACAUCCUUUCCUCUAAAGUCUUCAAACCACUUUUAAUGCCACAGUUUUGCACAAUUGACCAUAUUUGAACAGCACUGUUUGAAAGAAAGGAAUCAUGUGUUUCCUUAUGAAUGACUAGCAACCAGUCCAGGGUGUAGUCUGCCUUUCGGCUGUGAUUCUCAACAGGAUAAGCAGUAGAAAAGGGAUAAUUUGAAUCAUGGCAUUUACUCACAUGCUCCCUGCUUCCUCAUUUCUGAUACACAUUACAAAAAUGAUGCUAAUUAUGUGAAUACUACUCUUUAUAUUACUAGUAACUUGACGCUGUCAUCAAUCUGAUAUAAGCUUUUCAUUUGUGUUUCAAGUUGUUGGCAUCUGUUUUAUUACCAGUUUUGAGACAUUUUAAACAACUUCUGUGUGAUUAACCUCAGUAGAUAGUGGAUAUUUUGUCACGUGUGUAUGACUGCUUUGAAGCAUCAUCCAUCUAAAAUGCAGAUCUAAAGCCUAGGUCACAACCGGUCAUACGGGCUCCUACGACCGGCCCAAAUUCAAACAAACGCACGGAGGGUGCAUGUGCGACGUGCUGAUUUUCGAGCCAUAAACUGGCUACAGAGGUUCUUUUUGUCAUGUCACACCAACUCUACGGGCGCUAACAUUUUUUCAGGUUGCAAGACAAACUUACACACUCCGUACGGCCAGCUUGCGUCUUUCAUAUGUUUUGCUGGUGUCAGGUUUGGGCAAAAUGUCUUUUUUUUUUUUUUUCAUACGUCGCUCUUGCGUACUCCUACUUGGGGAACGCCAAAAAAUCGCACAACAAAAAAGCUGUAUGUCAAGCUGUGACCUAGGCUUUAGGCUAUGUGGAAAGCUACUGGUCAAAGUCCACAGAAUGACAAGCCAGCCAGUCAGUAACAUGUGAGGAAGCAUCCACCAGCAGUGUAAUACUGUAAAAAGCGCCGAACAAAGUUGCGUGAUGUAUAAACAUUGAGGAGGUUUGCCAAGUGAAUUAAAAAAACGGUCUACAUUUUAACUGCUAACGAUUUACCUGCUAAGAUAUUGGUAUGCUUUCCAGCACUACUCCUUUUUUUUUAAAUACAUUUACCCUGAAGAUGUCCGAUAAGCAGUAUGCAACAUCCAGCGUGUUCUUGUUCUGUGCUGUUAUAAGAGAUCUGUGUGACAAGCAUCUGUCCAGUGGUUACUUCCCUCCAGCUCGGUGUGGCCGCACAUUGCACAAACUUACUGCUUUUCAGAUGCAUGAACACUAAAUAAAUGCCAGCAAGUAUUGUCACUCACAGUCACUAAAUGUUUUAUGCUAAAAUUGAAGACUGAUAACAUUUGGACAAAUUUAUUAACAUCUGAGCAAGAAUAAACAAGUAAAAUGGUUUGUUUCUUUUUUUCCCUAAAUAUAUUGUUUUUCAGUGUAAGUACAGGUGGUCCUCAGUUUACGGAGUUUUGUGUCACUGUUUUGUUCCCAGACUGCCAGUAAUAAAUUUAAAAAAGCUACACAUACAGUACAAUACACAUACUGAUCGUCUGAAAGGGACAGUAAUCAAGCAAUCAGUUUUAUUAUUAUUGAGAUGGAAUUUAUUUUUGUAUUACUUUAAUUUAAUUCUUGCAUUUGGUGUUUUGUUCCUGUAUUUUAUGUCCUCCAUGUGUUCUGUGUGCAGUGUGAGUCUUAAUAACAAUGUUACAAGUUAUGACUUACAUCACUGGAGGGGAACCUGAGGACCACCUGUAUGUUGUUUUUCCACAGGUAUGUUUUUAAGACGUGCACAUUGCCGGAUGAAGGCAAGACUCGUCAGGCGUCUACAUGAAUCCACCUUUUUGGAUUUGUCAACAUCACAUACAAACUCAAAGCAUGAUGUCAUAUCCUCUAUUUAGGGAUAUCAGAUAUCAACAUCAUAGGUUCCUACAGCAGAGGACCACUCUGACAACUCUGCAUUUCUUCUCAGCUCUCCUGUUCCGCUCUCAUCUGGGCCCGAUACUUGCCAGUCAUCUCUUUCGGCAGAGGUGUGGUUCCAGGACAAGGCACCUGGCCCUCCACCUCACAGAUACACUCCCUCAGACAAUACUUCUUUGGCCCAAAGUUAGCAGGGUUGGAGGCCUGCAUCUUGGCUUGUGCCUCUGCCUCUAACACGGUCCUGGGCAAGGAAGAGAUGAGAAUACAUGU